GUGUUUUUAGGCCACCUUCUCUUUGGCAUCAAGCUCAACUGCGGUUUCUUUUUGAAGCCAACAUGAACGUUCACGACUCGCAGGACGAUCGGCAGAGUGGCCGAUCGGGUUUAUCUGCCAAUGCUGGCCGAUACGUCCCGCCUCACUUGAAACGAACCGCUGCUGCGCCUCAAGCGCCUUUAAACGACUGGGAUCGAAAUCCUGCCCCCGAACUCCGUAGAAAUAAUCGGUGGAAAGAGAUGCAUUCGGAUUUUGCUGAAACUCGAGGAGGAUGGAGUGGUCGCUCCGGCAAUGGUUGGGGCGGUCGAUCUCAGUUCGAUGAACGUGGGUCUUACGGUGGAUAUGCCAAACGGGGUGGCGGCUAUGCUGGAACAACUGGAGGCUACAGCCGAAGAGAAGAAGGGCAAGGCUACUGGAAAGAUGGAACGCAUCAUAUUGGACCUCGUAAUCCACGUAUCGAACGCGAAUUGUUCGGCAGUCCAGAAGAUAAGGAAGUAACACACACUGGGAUCAAUUUUGAUAAAUACGAAAAUAUUCCUGUGGAAGUGUCGGGUCACGACGUACCCGAAGCAAUGGAAAAGUUUACCGAUACGUUGAUUGACCCUCACUUGCUGAGCAACAUUGAACUGGCACGGUAUACGACGCCCACCCCUGUUCAAAAGUACUCGAUUCCCAUUGUAAUGCAAGGAAGGGAUCUCAUGGCUUGUGCACAAACAGGUUCGGGCAAAACAGCCGGAUUUUUGUUCCCGGUACUAUCGUCCAUGUUCAAAGAAGGUCCCUCCAAACCUCCCCCUGAUAACAGAACCAUGGGUGGCUAUCGACCGCGCAAAGCGUAUCCGCAAGCAUUGAUUUUAGCGCCUACACGAGAGCUGACCUCGCAAAUUUACGAAGAGGCCCGCAAAUUUGCCUACCGAUCGUUUGUGCGUCCGUGCGUCGUUUACGGCGGCGCCGAUAUUGGGUAUCAACUCCGCCAAAUUGAUCGUGGAUGUGAUCUGCUCGUCGCCACCCCAGGACGAUUGGUGGAUUUGCUUGAAAGAGCGCGCAUUUCUCUUUGCAAUAUCCGUUAUCUCAUUCUUGACGAAGCCGAUCGAAUGUUGGACAUGGGCUUUGAACCUCAGAUUCGACGUAUUGUCGAAGGCGAAGAUAUGCCCGGUGUACAGGAUCGACAAACCCUCAUGUUUUCCGCUACGUUUCCACGAGAUAUACAGAUGCUGGCGAGAGAUUUCCUCAAAGAAUACAUCUUCUUAUCCGUAGGUCGCGUAGGCGCCACGUCGGAGAAUAUUACGCAAAAGAUUGAGUACGUCGAAGAUGAGGAUAAGCGAUCCGUCAUUUUGGACAUACUCCAAGCGGAAGCCGACCCGGGUUUGACGCUCAUCUUUGUGGAAACGAAACGGAUGGCCGAUUACCUGUCCGACUUUCUUCUCGGUAACGGAUAUCCCGCGACAUCCAUUCAUGGCGAUCGUACGCAGCGUGAGCGUGAGGCGGCAUUGGAUGCCUUUCGGUCCGGCAAAGCACCUAUUAUGGUGGCAACCGCAGUUGCUGCACGUGGUUUAGAUAUUCCUAAUGUGACCCACGUUGUUUCUUAUGAUCUACCCACUGAUAUCGAUGAUUACGUUCAUCGUAUUGGUCGAACAGGUCGUGCAGGUAACACAGGAGUGGCGACAGCUUUCUUUAACCGCAACAACCGCAACAUCGCUCGUGACUUGAUUGAUCUAUUGAAAGAAGCCAAGCAAGCCGUUCCCUCGUGGUUGGAAAGUAUAGCGCGUGAGAUGAGCUACGCUAGCCGAGGUCGUGGCCGAGGUCGUGCAGGUCGCGGUCGUGCAGGUCCAUCGCGAGACUAUCGUCGUUACAACAACGAUUUCGGAGGACGCGGCAGUGGCGGAGGAGGAGGAGGGAAUGGUUAUGGCUACGGUUAUGGCUAUGGCGGAAACACCAAUGGCGGGUAUCAAAACGAUCGCGGUAACGGAGCUUAUGGGCAUGCUUUGCCUCCGCAUGCGCAAAGUAAAACUAGCUGGUUUUAAUCUAUUGAAUCCAUCAAUGGAAAAAACCCACACGCAAAGAAAAAAAAGUGCUCUUUGUCCCAUGUAUCCAUAUAUAAUCCACUUAUUUCUUUCUUUUCUUUCACUGCUUUAUAAACUUUAUAGUAGAUACUAAAAAAUUAUGUUUUCAAUCACCCAAUUUUACCAGCCUAGCUGAGUUUUCAGACAAGCUGUGUCCGGGAAAAUCACGCCAAUUUAUUGCGCGGAUCCAACAACAUUUUUAGUUUUUCCACUUCCUCAAUGCACAUUAAGACGCAGCGGCCGAAAAAGAGCAGUGGUGGUUCAACAAGUCGACAGCGUGGAAGAUGUACCAGAGGUCAUCUGAAAGGUUCUAUAAUCACCAUCAGCCGUAACCGCUAAUGACGUUGUGGUGUGAUCCGAAAGGUUUUUAACUCAGGACAUGAUUGCAUAAGUACAGA